GUAGGUCCUAGCUACUCGUGGUCCAGGGGUUGUCAUGGUUAUCCACCGCUGGAAUGUGAAUUUCAGCACUAGUGACAGCUCCCUUUUAAACUUGAGCACAAAUAUGAGCUUCCUAGAACCCGUGGUGCCACAGCACCCAUCCGGUUUGAGUAGGGCUGGCCACACGGUGGUGGCAGUAUUCCUUGGACUCAUCUUCAUUCUCGGAGUCCUGAACAAUUUCCUCGUUCUCCUAAUUUUCGCGAAGUUUCAGUCGCUCAGGACGCCCAUCAACCUGAUUCUGUUGAACAUCAGCGUGAGCGAUAUGCUCGUGUGCAUAUUUGGCACUCCGUUCAGCUUCGCCGCGAGCCUCCACGGACGAUGGCUCAUAGGACAUCAAGGGUGCAUGUGGUACGGCUUCGCCAACUCACUUUUCGGCAUCGUGUCCCUGGUGUCCCUGUCCGUCCUCUCCUACGAGCGCUACACCACGGUGCUGCGCUGCGCCAAGGCGGACGUCUCCGACUACAGGAAGGCCUGGCUGUGCGUGGCGGGGUCCUGGCUCUACGCCCUCCUGUGGACGGUCCCGCCCUUCCUGGGCUGGAGCAGCUACGGGCCCGAGGGCGCGGGCACUUCCUGCUCGGUGCAGUGGCACCGGCGCUCGGCCGGCAGCGUCUCCUACGUGGUCUGCCUGUUCGUCUUCUGCCUGCUGCUCCCCCUGCUGCUCAUGGUCUUGUGCUACGGGAGGAUCCUCGUCGCUGUUCGGGGGGUGACAAAGAUCAACCUGACGUCUGCGCAGAGGUGGGAGAACCACAUCCUGGUGAUGGUGGUGUCCAUGGUAACCUGCUACCUGCUGUGCUGGAUGCCGUACGGGGUGGUGGCGCUGUUGGCCACCUUCGGAAGGAUGGGCCUGAUCGACCCCGUCGCCAGCAUUGUGCCCUCCAUCUUGGCCAAGAGCAGCACGGUGUUCAACCCCAUCAUUUACGUGCUCCUGAACAACCAGGUGAGCCACUAGGGCAGGGGUGCACAACUCCGGUCCUGGAGAGCCGAUCUGUGUGCUGGUUUUUGUUCCAACCGAUUGCCAUUUCUUACAGCUCUGUAAACUAUGCUGCUUCACUCCUGUACUUGAGCACGGUGAAAUCUCGGAUAAACCGGCAGACUGUGACUCUAGUUGUUGCUUGUACACGUCAGAUCAAGAUAUGAUUCGGCCAAUUCAAUAAAUGUUGGGAAAUGUUGGCACAAAAUCCUGAAAUGGAUUGGCCCUUGUUGUGCACCCCUGCACUAGAGGAAGUGAUAUUGUGAUUAUUAUUGAAUUUGUGCGGUGAGCAUCGAGCCCCUGUCUGUUGGCCCCUCGGCUUGUGGAUUUCACUGCAGUGGAGUUCGUGCUCUUUGUCAUGUCAUUUCUGAGAACACCCUGCGUACCAGUGUAAGAAAAGCCCCAAAUUUAAAUAAAAUUCUGAUUAUUAUCAUUAUGAUUUUGGUCAUGAUUACACAGCAUGCAAGAUUUUGUUUUCAAAAUGUCACGCAAGCCAGGGCGUGAAACAUAACUUUAGAUUAAAUAUGGACAACAACUAAGAGUACCCAGCAUCUGUGCCAGAUUGACACAUUUUAGACAAAAAAAGGAUUUAUGCAAAGUCAUUGCUAAAUGGUUUACAACAAAAAAAUGAACCUUGGCAAGAUGAAGUGUAAUGUUUGGUAUUGUUCAAGCAGCCCAUUGUUGUGGGGUUUAGGGGACUGGGAUCGUAAUGAGCAGUCAAACUCAAGCACCUGGUUGGACCCAGCUGUGAUGCACCAUUAGGUGCUCAAAAAUGUAUUAGUUCAGUGAAAUAUCCAGCUGCAUAAACUGGCAGUUUAUAAAAAGCAGGCUUUGUCCAAGAUAGUUGUUAUCUACAAGGGAGACGUGGAUAGCAUUGCAAAUACAGGGGGCAAGAGGACGUUGUACCAUUCAGACAAGUUUUACAGGUGCUUUGUGGCCUUCGUGAGGUGCCAGGCGGACCCCCUGUCCAGCCACACCUUCCACACUCAGCAGAGCAGCAGAGUAGAGGACCAUCCGCCCGCUAACAGCCGCCAUCUCCACCCCCCGAAGGCCGGGCCCCUCCCUGGCAAGCAGGCUCCCUGCCCGGGGGGCCCAGUGGGCUCUCAGACACAGCAGGGGGAUAGCACCCUGAUCCUGGUGGUGCACUACAUGCCCUGAGCUCCAGGGAGCGCCCAGGACAGAGACGGGAAGCCCCCACUCAACCCCACUGCACGCCCCCUUGAGGGUGGCCACGUGACUCUGAAUCACUACAUCAAAAGACAUGAGGAAGAUUCCUGGCUUCAAAAUCUGGUCACUUUGUGGGCCGUCUGGGGUAUGGGUAUGAGUCCUGAUCGUUGCAUUAGCGACUCCUACUGGUUGGUCGGGGCGCCUGUUCAGCAGGGAGGGGAUCUGGGGGAGAUAGCGUGAACCUCCGUGCACGUCACGCUCUCCCAGUGAAACUCCUUGCUGUUAGGUGAAAAGAAGCGGCUGGCGAAUCCACAUGUAUUGGAGGCUGGCAUGUGGUAGUCUACACCCUCCCCAGCCCGACAGAGGAUAGCGCAUCGACCAGGACUACGAUACACACGGUGAAUUGGUAUAGCGACUAAAUUGGGGAGAAAAUGGCAAAAAAAAUAAUAAUCUGGUCACUUUGUGCACACUUGUGCAAUAACUGAAGUUUGUGCUCCAGCCCCCCCUACAUUGAUCAGAUGUUUACAUGUUUGUUUGUUUUUUGCCAGCCUGAUAGUGUGACAGUUCCAUCAUAUAUUGGUCUUCCCCUCCCCUAAACUGAUCCACCCUUGCCACUGUAUCCAUUCUUCAUAAUAUUUGAGGACAAUGUCUGUCUUAUAAAAUAAUAAUAAUAAUAAUAAUAAUAAUAAUAUAACAACAACAAUAAUAAUAACUUUAUGUACAUGGCACAUUUAUAUAAAUAAUAUAUAAAUAAUAUAUUGGCACAUAAAUAAUAAUAAAUAAUACAUAUUAAUAAAAAUAAUAAAAUAAACAAUGGCAAUAAAGCAAGAUAAAACAAGAGAACAACAACAAGUUGAACAAAGCUAAACCAUAUGUAUACGCAUUUCCCUGUAUAUAUGAGCAUCAAGUAGCUGGCACAAAUGUAAGAUAAAUACAGGAUGUUAUCCCGUUCCAAGCUAAUGAUGAACACACAAACACACACACACACACGCACA